AGGGACAAAGAUGUUUAAGAGAAAGAGCUCGAAAAAAGGCGACAAAAAGAAAGGGAGCCUUGGGAGGACGAAUCAAAGGGAGGGAGAGGAACGACUAUCGGGCGAGCUGCCUCAAGUAUGGCUACCAACACCUCAAGAGCCACACCCUGAUGGCAAUGAGCUCUUACCUGGAGGUGAGGAACAGCAACGCUUUGAGAGCUUCCUAGUCAGAGAGGAGGGAAGGACUGGAGGCUGGGACGAGAGAGAAGAGCUCAAUUAUGCUGAUAUUGCAGCUAAUUUGAGUAUACAGAUUGAGAAUGGUGGAGAGGGUGCAGAAAUAAGUCUCCCGACACAACAGCCUAGUAACAUCAGGCCGAGCAUAAGGCGACACGAGCAAGUCGACGAAGUGUUUGAUUUUGAUGAGGCCAUACUGGAGGAAAGGGAUGGGGAAAUACAACACAGUCGGCAACCAUCGUACAAAAGUCCUGCAUUGUCAGCAGUGCAGUCAGAGACUCAUAGUUUAUUCAAUUAUGCACAGUCCACAGUCUAUCAUGUUCAUUUCCUUGGUAUGCUCUCCAAUAUUAGCAACCUGUGGGAAGGAGAGGUAGGAGGAAGAGAAGGCAGCAGUGACCCAAACAACCUCCUCAAGUUGAUUGAACAUUCCCAGAGGCAAGGAAUAAUGCCUUGGGUGCAUCAAAAAGGAAGUCAAAGGAUACUAGUGAUCUCAAAGUAUGGAAUAAAAGUGACUGACACAAAGAGACAGAGGGUAUACGUGAGACACACUUUGCAUAAGAUAAUAACAGUGGUUCAUUUCAUUGAUAUGAGAGGACACUCGCUACUGGCAGUUAAACUGAACCACACCAAUGAUGAAGAGGAUGGAAGGGAUGAAGAAGAAAGUAUUGGAUCGUUUGAUUUAUUUGUUUAUGAGUGUGAGAGUGAGAAUCAAGCUACCGAAGUAUGUGUUAUGCUAGGGCAAGUAUUUGACUCGGUACUGAAUAAGAUGAAACUUGAGGAUAACUUGGGAAUACCACACUGAGCAAACAAAAGGAUUAUUAUUAUUUAUUACUAUUAUUAUAAGUUAAUAUGUCUUUUACUACUGAUAUUAUUAUUAUCAUUAUAGUACUAUUGUACAAAUUGAGUAGUAGUCAGUUUGAAUCACAAAGUCAA